AUGGGUCCCAAGAAGGCAGUCAAGGAGGAGAAGAUCCCAUUAGGCCGUCCGGGGAACAACUUGAAGAGCGGUAUCGUUGGUUUAGCGAACGUCGGCAAAUCGACUCUUUUCCAGGCUAUCACUAAAUGUUCACUGGGUAACCCUGCAAACUUUCCCUUUGCAACUAUUGAUCCCGAAGAGGCUCGUGUCAUCGUUCCAGAUGCACGGUAUGAUUGGCUAUGUGAACAUUAUAACCCAAAGUCGAGGGUACCGGCCAACUUGACUGUAUAUGAUAUUGCUGGUCUAACGCGCGGUGCCUCCACUGGUGCCGGCCUUGGAAACGCCUUCUUGUCACAUAUUCGUGCCGUAGAUGCCAUCUUCCAAGUAGUUCGAUGUUUCGACGACGCAGAGAUCAUUCACGUCGAAGGUGAUGUAGAUCCCGUGCGGGACCUCAACAUUAUUAGUGAGGAACUACGCAUCAAGGAUAUUGAAUUCGUUGAGAAAGCACUCGAAGCCUUGGGAAAACAAACUCGAAGAGGUGGUCAGAGCUUAGAGAUGAAGAAAUUGAAAGAGGAGGAGGCUACUGUUGCUAGGAUCCUGGAGUGGCUGAAAGAAGGCAAAGAUAUCAGAAAAGGUGAUUGGACUCCUAAAGAGGUCGAAGUGAUUAACCCCCUCUUCCUUUUAACUGCCAAGCCAGUCGUAUACUUAAUCAACCUCAGUGAAAGAGACUACAUCAGACAAAAGAAUAAAUACCUGCCUAAGGUUGCAGACUGGAUUAAAACCAACUCCCCUGGCGAUCCUAUAAUUCCAGUCUCGGUCGCUUUUGAAGAGAGGUUGACCCGUUUCAAAUCCGAUGUUGAAGCGGAGGAGGAAUGCAAGAAGCUUGGAACCAAAUCUGCCCUCCCCAAGAUUAUUUUAACCAUGCGACAAUCCCUUAAGCUUGGCAGCUUUUUCACUACCGGCGCUGAUGAAGUGAGACAAUGGACCAUCCGACAGGGCACCAAGGCCCCUCAGGCUGCGGGUGUUAUUCACACAGAUUUUGAAAAGACUUUCAUCCAAUGUAUUGUGUUCAACUAUGACGUUUUACGUGAAUACGGAGAUGAAGCGGCCGUCAAGGCUGCCGGCAAGGUUCUUACAAAGGGUAAAGAUUAUGUUGUUGAGGAUGGAGAUAUUAUCCUGAUCAAAGCUGGUGCUGCCAAAGCCUAG